AUGGUGGAGGUCUUAGCAGCUUCCUAUAGUGCUCUGAAAUUGGAGAAUGAAAUUCUGCAGGCCCAAGUGCAGAGGCUGAUGGAAGAAAAUGCUGCCCUGCAGGCCCAUCCCGAGUUCCAAAAGCCCCGAGCAUCCAAGGAGGAUGAACCACUCCAAAAACCCUCAGAGGCUCAGGAUCCCUCCAAAUCCCCAGAGCCCGUGGAUCCCCUGGAGUUUGAAGAGCCCCAGAAGCUCAGAGAGCCCCAGGAGCUCUCAGCUUUGGGGCCUCCAGCAGCCCAGGAGCCCCAGGUGACCUCAAUGGCCCAGGAGACCCAGAAGUCCUUGGAGCCCCAAGCAGCCCCAGAGUUUCUGGAGCUCCCAGCGACCCAGGAGCCCCAGAAGCCCCCAGUGGCCCAGGAGGCUAACAAGCCCCCAGAAAUCAAGGAGGGCCAGAAAUCCCCUGAUACCCAAGGGCCCCAGAAUUCAGAGCUCCAGGAUCCCCCAAAUACCCAGGAGCUCCAGGAGGCACCAGAAUGCCAGGAGACCUCAACACACUUGGAGCCCCUUAAGCUUCUAGCUAUCCAGGAAGCUCCGGAGUCUCGAGUUCCCCAGGAGUCCUUGGAUCCUUCAGAUGCCCAGGAGUUCCUAGAGCUCUCAGCACCCCAAGAGUCCCUGGAAGGCCUAAUAGCUUUUGAGACAUCAGCAGCUUCAGAGUUCCCACAGUUUCCCAGUGGGUUGGAGACUGAAACUUUCCCCUUAGAAUACCCUUUAGCCUUCAAUGGGGAUGCCCAGAAGUUUCCUGAACUCCUGGUUCAAUUGAAUAGUUACAUGAGAGUCAGUGGGUACCUGUAUCCCACUGAAGCAGCCUUGGUGAGCUUUGUUGGCAAUCGCUUCUCAGGUGAGGCAGGAAGAUGGUUCCAGCCCUUAGUAGCUACAUAAAGCCCCCUGCUGGAGCGAUUUGAAAGUUUCAUACAAGUGCUUCAGGAUACUUUUGACAAUCCAGAAAAUACGGAAGAUGCCAACCACUACAUCCAUCAGCUCUGCCAAGGAGAGGACCAGGUCCACCAGUAUGUGACUCACUUCCACUUCAUUGCUCAAGAGCUAAACUGGGAUGAAAGCACUUUCUGCAUCCAAUUUCAGGAAGGGUUUGCCAGUUCUAUCCGAGAUGAACUGUCUUACACAAACCCAGCUACCAAACUAUCCGAUCUGAUCACCCAGUGCAUCAGCCUAGAAAAGAACCUAAGUAGUAAGCCUGAUCCAAAUCCACAAGGGGCAAGUCCCUCUAAGGAGCGAGCUGGGCCUGUGGGUUUUCCAGCUGAAAAACAGCCUCUGCAGGCUGCAAGCAAUUGCCCACACCUCAGUGAAGCUGAAUGGGCCUGCCGUCAUGAAGGCCAUUUGUGCCUCUACUGUGGUCAUCCUGGCCAUUUUGCCAGAGAUUGUCCUGUGAAGCCUCAUCGCGCCCAGCAGGUGGAAAACAUCGAGGCCCGGCGGUAA